GCAACGUGAUUGUCAUCGGUAACGAGCGUUUCCGUACCCCUGAGGUGCUGUUCCAGCCGUCGCUCAUCGGUAAGGAAGCUUCGGGUAUCCACGACUGCACGUUCCAGACCAUCAUGAAGUGUGACGUUGAUAUCCGUAAGGACUUGUACUGCAACAUUGUGCUCUCGGGUGGUACCACCAUGUACCCGGGCAUUGGCGAGCGUAUGACCAAGGAGCUUACGGCUCUGGCUCCGUCCACGAUGAAGAUCAAGGUGGUGGCCCCGCCUGAGCGCAAGUACUCGGUCUGGAUCGGUGGCUCCAUCCUGUCGUCGCUGUCGACGUUCCAGCAGAUGUGGAUCUCGAAGGCCGAGUACGACGAGUCUGGACCCUCGAUCGUGCACCGCAAGUGCUUCUAAGCUGCCUGUCCACGGGUCAACUGGACUUAGAAUCUGGAGGAGAAAUGCCGCUGCUCACGCGUGUGGCGUCUUGAGGCUUAAGUGCUUCGAUGCACGCGGGUAAGUGGUGGUGCCGUCCAUUUACUUUUCAAACCUUUCUUUGCUUUAAUUUCUAAAAUACUAGGAUUGAUGUUGUGAUCUAUC